AUGCCGUCCGCCGUAAAGAGCCUCAAAGUCACCUAUAAGCCCGUGAAUGAGGACAACACGUUUACGAGUGGCGACUGGGUUUCCGGCGAGGUCUCGCUGGAGUUGGCCAAAGAAUGCUCCAUCGACGCGCUGUGGGUCAAAUUCAAAGGGAAGGCGGAGGUCUUGUGGAGCAAGAGUUAUGGGCAGACCACUGUUUACCACUCCAAGGACAAGUACUUCCACAGGCAGGCCAAGGUUGUGGUAAGCAACCAGAACAAGUACAAGUACUUCAGCCUCAAGCAUUUCUUCAUUCAAAAAAAAGAUACCAAAGAGAACCGUGUUGUUGCCGCUGGACAUCAUGUUUACCCAUUCAGCUUUCAGGUGCCUUUCCAGGAUCUGCCCUCCUCCUUUAAAGGCUCUGCUGGUAAAAUUGUGUACUUACUGGAAGCCAAGCUGAGCAGAUCCAUGAGGAUCCCCACCAAAGAUUCAACAACGAUCAACUUUGUGUCGAAGGAGGCCAUUGACCCUCGGCUGAUGAAACCACAGCACGAGUCUAAGGACAAGAAAAUGAAAGUGUUCAACUCUGGAACGGUAGCCGUGGAUGUGAAUCUUGAAAAAACAGGAUUCUUCCAAGGAGAGGGGUUAAAAGUUAUGGCCCUCAUUCAGAACAACUCAUCUCGCCCGAUCAAGCUCAAGUACUGUGUGUACAGAAAGCACACCGUCUUAGCAGAAGGGAACCAAAAUGUCAUCACUAAAGACCUCCUUAAAGAGGUGGGGGAGCCCAUCCCUCCGUCUGCUGAAGAAAAGUUCACAAAGGUCAUCCUCAUCCCCUCUGAUGUGGAGCCCUCCAUCAAGAAAUGCUAUAUCAUCAAAGUGGAGAACAGACUCAGGGUGAACCUCGAUGUCAAAUACGCCUCAAACCCAGAGAUCAAAUUUCCCAUCGUUAUCCUGCUGACCCGUCGGGUUCCUGCUGCUUCUGGCGUUAGCCGUUAGCCUGGGGCUUCGGACCGCCAACACGACUGUGACGCCCCUCUGGAGGGAGGCGGGGUUGCCAGGAUUUCAGGUGUUGCAGGUGCGGAGGAAAAGGAGCGUCAUCGCAGCCGGGAACGGCGGUCCCCGGAAGCAUUUAAGAUCUGUCACCAGCAGUCGUGGAGGCGCCUGGAACCUCCGUACCGUGUUAAUGAGGAUUAAAGAGUGUUACUCCUGUAAACAAC